AUGCGGAAGGUUUAUACGGACAUAAGCAAAGGUCAGGUCAAACCUCUGCGCCCUGGACAGAGGGACGUGCUUCACACAACUGGUCAUGUUCAUCAUGUGGGAACAAUCACGUCUCGCCUUAGUCAGAAAAAGACUUCUGCAUUUUAUCGAACGUCAAAUCAGGCAUACGGCAGCAACAAGCCAACAGUUCAUGAAAUGCAGACUAAGUAUAAAGUGAUAUCGCACAAGUUUUCAGAGGAGAUGCUGCAGACUGGGAUGUACCACGACGUUCGAUUCAACACCGCCACGGAUAAGAAUAAAGUGAUGGAUCCCAUGACGACUUACAACAGAAGAAUUGACAUCCAUCACAUGUAUCACUAUGGAAAGUAAAGCAGCGGCCACGAACAGAACAACAAAGAAACUAACAGCCAAAUUGUUUUUAAGACCCAUCAUCCUAAUUUUAGUUAACCCUGCUCUGGUCGAGUCACAUGACAGAAACAUCUCAGACCAUGUCACUGCUGAGUUGAGAAAUUAAAACACUGAAUCUCAUUUUCCACUGUGUGUUGGAUUUUUCUGAUGAGCUUUGAAAAUAGUUAUGUACUAUAUUCAAAUAAAAACAGCACAGGGGG